AUGGAAAGUCGAGCAUAUUUAGAACAGCAAAGUGCCAAUAUUCCAAAAACUACAAUCAAUAUAAGAGGAGAUCUCUUUGAAAUUGUUAAUUCUCUUGAAGCAGGACCAGAAAGUGAGAUUAAGAGGUCUAUUCAGAAAGCUGCCAAAGGAUCUAACCAAAAAACAAGAGAGAAACGAUGCAGUGCCCGAAGGAUCCUGAUCCUCCUCUUUGCUGCUGGAGUUGUCACAGGAACAGCUGUAGGAGUUUACAUAUUAGUGCAGUAUUUGAUGAAGCCCCUCAUUUACCAAGGUUCCAUUUCAUUACAAGAUGCUGAGGUGACUUCUCGAUGCAAUGACACUGACAACGAAGUGACUACUGUUCCACAAAGAAAAGUAUCUUUCAGAAUAAACACAGAAAACCUAUUGUUGGAAGUACAGGUGGAAUAUAGACAAGAAUGGCUCCUAACCUGCCAUGAAGGAUGGAACUCAGCUUGGGCAACACUUGUGUGUAAACGACUAGGUUAUAUCAGGCUUAUUCACCACAAAGCUGUAAACCUAACAAACUUCAGACUAAAUCAUACUCAAGGAUUUGCACAGAUACCUCUUGCUCAGACCACUUCAACAGAACAUAUAUGGCAAACCAGAAGGGAGUGUCUUUCGGGUUAUGUUGUUGCACUGAAGUGUUCAGAAUGUGGGUCUCGUUCCAAGUCUUCCAGGAUUAUUGGAGGAAGCGAUGUUGUCUUAGGUCGCUGGCCAUGGCAAGUCAGCUUGUACCUUAACAAAAAGCAUGUCUGUGGUGGCACCAUCGUUGCACCUAAGUGGAUCAUAACUGCUGCACACUGUGUGCACAAUUAUAGGUCUCCUCAAGUGUCCAGCUGGUCGGUGCUUGCAGGCAUCAUUAGCCACUCUUCAGUGAAACAGAAAGCCUCUGUGUCUGCAGUGGAGAAAAUCAUUUAUCAUCAGAAGUAUGAUGAUAGAAGUCAUGACUAUGAUAUUGCCCUGAUGAAACUGGAGAAACCCUUAAACUACUCAGACAGUAUACGUCCAGUAUGUCUACCACAAUAUGACCAAGAUCUCCCUACUGGUUCGGAGUGCUGGGUCUCAGGCUGGGGCCAUACUCAUCCUGACAACACACACAUGCCCCGCAGCCUGAAGGAAGCUAUGGUGCCUUUAAUUAGCACUAAGAAGUGCAAUAGUUCCUGUAUAUACGAUGGUGACAUUACUCCCAGAAUGCUCUGCGCUGGCUACCUUGAUGGAAAAGUUGAUGCUUGCCAGGGUGACAGUGGUGGCCCUUUAGUAUGUCAGACGGACUACAGCUGGCGCUUAGUAGGAGUGGUGAGUUGGGGUAUGGGAUGUGCUGAGCCAAAUCGCCCUGGAGUCUACACGAAGAUUGCAUCGUUUUUAGACUGGAUACAUAAUAUCAUUGAGGAUGAUUAG